UCACCUGAAAAACCCAGGGAAAUUGUCGUGUUGUUCUUCGGCGCGGCCCAGACAAAAACGCAAAUUGAAAACUUCUCAGCCAAAAAAUUCUGUUCAAUUUUUGAAAAACAAUUUCUUGUAUGGAACAACGAAAAACCUAAGAAACUCUAAAACAAAAACCCGACUUAAAAUCAAAUCGUAGAAAAAUAAUAAAAACCGAAUGUAUAUAGUAUAUUUGGAAUGUCAGGCAUUUGAUUGAUUUGUGUCACCAAUGAGCUAACAAUCCGGCACACAAAUCAACAACAACAACAACAACAACAACACAAAUCAUAACGACAAAAAUCAACCAUCAGCGGAUGCCGAGAGACUCGACGCGGCGCCUCAAGGCCGGCUAACGCUUAACCCCACUCGCCCCAAAACGCCUCAGCCUCAGCCUCAACCUAACCCAGCCAGCUGUAACCAUGUGAAUGGCCAGAAUGCUACAAUUAAAACUACUAAACAACUACCAGCCAAAGCAGAGCCCCGUCCACAACUAGAGAGCCGAGCAUCACCAUCCAGCGCUAGAUCCAGAGCUUGAGCCACGCCACAGCCAGAGCCAGAGCCAGAGCCAGAGACAUACAGAGGGACGGAAGAGCUGCCACAGAGACCCACACAACAUCGUCAUGGCCGGGCCGCAGAUACAGCACACCCAACGCCCCAACAGCGCCUACUACACAGGUCUGAAUGGGAGCGGUGGUGGAGGUGGAGGUGGAGGUGGAGGAGGAGGUGGAGCCAGUGCCUCGGGGAUGGCCAGCAGUGCCUCGCACACGGGCCUGCACGCCCUGCGCCAGGUGACCAACGAAACGGAGCUCAUCUAUCGGGGCAGUCACAGCAAUGGCACCGUCAACGAGCUGCCCUCGACAGCCGCACAUCAUCAGCUGCUCGCGGGCCGCAUCCCCCAGCAGCAACAACAGCAGCAGCAGCAGUAUCCGCAUCAGCAUCAUCAUCAGCAUCAACAGCCCCAUCACCAGCAGCAGCAUCAACAGCAAGUCAGCAGCAUAGCCGGGACCGGAUCAAGUGCCACGGACGCCCUUAUUGGCACCAUUGCCACAAGUGCCGGUGGCGGAUGCGGAAGUGGUGGCGGUGGCAGCACCAGCACAGCGAUGACAGCACUCGGUCACCUGAAGAAGUCGAAUACACAGCGCAGCAUCGAGAUAAUUGUGGAUGCCACCCAGUGUGGCAAGGAGGUGGGCGCCACAGCGACACCGCUGGACCCCGACGAUGUGGAGCAGGGUGGCGGUGGCCAGGAGUCGUCCUCCUCGCUGCGCAAGUCGUCGCGCCAUCGCCACCGGCCGCUCCACCGGCGGCUGAUCAGCUAUCUGCGCAACCUCUUCCAAGGCAGCACCACGCAAACUGAUUCGGAACUAGAGGAAUUCGAGACGCCAGCACGCUACAGACCGGACUCGCUGAGCGCCCUGAGUCGGGCGACCCGCUUCACGGAGGACGAGAUCAAACGAAUUUAUCGCGGCUUUAAGGCUGAGUGCCCCACGGGCGUCGUCAAGGAGGACACCUUCAAAGUGAUCUACUCUCAGUUUUUUCCACAGGGAGCCAACCCAACCUUAUACGCACAUUAUGUAUUCAAUACACUGGAUCAGGAUCGCAGCGGUAUUGUCAGCUUUGAGGACUUCGUUCAAGGACUUUCGAUAUUGUCGCGUGGCUCCGUGGAGGAGAAACUACGCUGGACCUUCUCGCUGUACGACAUCAAUGGAGAUGGCUUCAUUACGAGGGAGGAAAUGACUGACAUUGUGACUGCCAUAUACGAGCUAAUGGGCCGCCUGCCCGACGAGUAUCCCGAGGAGGAGAAGAUCAAGGGCAAAGUGGAGCAAAUCUUUCAGAAAAUGGAUAUCAAUCGCGAUGGCGUUGUGACGCUUGAGGAGUUCCUAGAGGCCUGUCGCAACGAUGAUGCCAUUUCCAGAUCUAUGUCCUACACGGUGCGACGGCCGCGACGCAGUCGCAGCCAGCAGCAACGACAGCAGGAGCCAGAGAAACGUAAGUCAAACCACAAGACGAAGAACAAGCAACAGCAAAAACAACAGCAACAACAUAGCACUAGACAGCAAGCGGCAGCCAUAGGCUGCCACAUCAUCGACAUGGACGGUGGCAGCGGCGGCAGCACCACACCCACAACAACAUCAGCGGCAACGGCCAGCACAAUGAACUGCAACAUCCACCACCACCACCAGCAGCAGCAGCACCACCAGCAGCACCACCACCACCACCACCACCACGAAGAGGAGUACGAUGAGUACGAUGAUGAGGAGGAUGACAAAACUGACGAUGAUGAUGAUGAGGAUGAAGACGGCAUUAGUCGCACGGCUAUUUGUCGGCACUGCCAACGUCCCCAAUGGGAAGUCCUUCAGCGACCAAUGCGCCAAUACAGAUCCCGUUCCAAGUCCACGUCCAAGUCGCACAAGCGCAGUAAGAGCAGGAAGCGCCAGCCAAAUCAUCAGAGGACGGGGCAACACCAGCAACAGCAUCAGCAUCAGCAUCAGCCAACGCGCUGGCCCGAGCUGAACGUGGCCAACGAGCAGGCCAUUCGCUUCCGCUGCCCGCAGGUGGGGCCGCAGGUGGGUCGCGACCUGCACACACCGCAGCCCAUGCACUUCCACCAUCCGCAGUCACAGCCCCAGCUACAAUCGCAGCUGCAGUUGCAGCCCAAGAUGGCUGCUGGAUCAAAAAAGAGCAAAAGAAAAUCCCGACAACGUCAGCAGCAGCAGCAGCAGCAGCAAAAGGAUGCGCACGCUCCAGAAGGAACAGAGCUCACUCGAAGUCCAGCCACAGCCGGAGUCCAACCAAGGGCGGCAGGAAUGGCAGCCGGAGGAGGCGUAGAGGUAGCUCAGCUGCCUUUGCCCCCAUUGCACGUGGUUGUGGGUGGGCCGGGAGAGGGAGAGGGCGAGGGAGAGGAGGAACAGCAGCUGCCAGCCACGCCGGACUCGCCGUCGCUGGUGACGGUCAGCACUUGGUACACGGUGGCCAAACAGGGUGUCUCCUGCUAAUCUGUGCAGUGAGUAUCCGUAUUCUCGCCGAUCCCUGAGUCCCCGAGUCCCUGAGUCCCGAAAAGUAAUCUAGUCAAAGCCGAAUGCCAAACGCUCUCUCCGCCAUUCGCCAUUUCAGUUAACCUUUUGAAUCGGUCGAGUUGUUGUUGUUGUUCGUUUCUAGAUAUAAAUAAUAUAUACCAAACA